UUGCAUUUCAGAUUCAUUCCAAGGUCCAAAUCUAUAUCAACAAAGAUCCAAAUCUAUAUCAACAAUGGCAACGGAGACUGUUCUCAUCAUUGGCGGAACCGGAACCCAGGGAAUCCCUAUCGUUAAAGCAUUGACGUCGGAUGGUAAAUAUGCCGUACGAGUUAUAACAAGGAACGCGGCUUCAUCGGACGCCCAAGUGCUUGCAAAGCUACCUGGAGUUACGAUUGUGGAAGGUAACUGCUAUGACGAACCAACGCUCCGCAACAUCCUCCCCGGCGUCGAUCGCGUGUUUGCCAAUACUAAUGGCCACGCACUCGGUGAAAUGGCCGAGAUAUACUGGGGCAUUCGCUUGUAUGAGUUAUCCCGAGAGUUCGGUGUUAAGCACUUUGUUUACGCCAGCCUCCCGUAUGUUACUAAACUUGGCAACUUUAACGACAAAUACCAGGCGGGACACUGUGACGGAAAGGCUAAAGUUACCGAAUUUAUUUCCGCGCAGCCGACAAGUCCCAUGGCCUGGUCAAUUAUAACGUCUUGCUUAUACAUGGAAAGCCUCUCGGAGUUUUUGGUGCCGAUAUAUGAGCCGAGAGAUGACGUGCAUGUGUUUGCAUUGCCUCUUGGACAAGGUAGAUGCCCAAUGAUAUCCCUCGAUGACAAUGCGGCCUAUAUCCGAUGGACGCUCGACAACCCGUCGCAAAGCAACGGACGGAACCUAGAUGUCGUCACAGAGUCCGUCACGGGUGAUGAGCUCGCUGCAGCAUUUUCCAAGGUUACGGGGAAGAAAUCAGUAUACAAGGAUAUUUCUCUGGAUGAAUAUUUUAGCCUUCCCGUUUUUUCUGAUCCCGAAGCCAAAGUAGGCGCGUCCGGUGCAUCAGCAGCCAAUACUCUACUUACUGUUCGAAAGAACUUUUCUGGUCUCUGGAAUAGUUGGAAGGAUGAGCUAUGGGAGGGGGAUUAUGAAGUGUUGGAUCGGGUCUUGCCAACGCGAUUUAAAAGCGUGGAAGAGUGGAUGAGGAAGACAGGCUAUACAGGCAAAGCCGCUCCACUCCUCAAAACCUUGAAGAUGGCCAAAAAAUGAGCUCGGCUCUUUUGAAGAAUCAUGUCGCUUGUAUCUUGGUCAUAUAUGUGGCAACAAGUUUCCAUACAAACAGAGUUGCUGUUGUUCC